GAACAUUAUUGUGCAAGUAAUACUCUUACGAGCAUAUUCUGCUAGUGUUGUGGUCUUUCUGGUCCUGGGGGUCGGUUACUGGUUAGAAGAGACUAAAUGAUCUUCAGAUGAACAGGCAAACUUUUAAAUCAACACUAACAUUCAUUUAAAUGUUAUUGCCGUCAUGUGCUGUGCUGAUCCCCAAUGAUAAUCUCAUUCUAGGAUAUUGGAGAACUUUAAUAUUUGCUACAUUGCAUUCAGUUUGUCAACCACCUUGCACUGCAAGCAUAUUUCAGCCAAUUUUGAAUAUCAUCUUAGCGCUUUUUGUUUUUUGCUUUUGCAUAAUCUCUCUGACAUCUCACGCAGCCCUAUGGAGAUAACGCCUCUAAAAAUAAAUGUAACCUCUAUAUUCCAGCAGCCAAAGUGAUAAAUGCCAACAGUGUAAUAACUUCCAAUAAUGUGAUCAUUUUUCCAUUCUUAAUGCAAUAAAAGUCGAUAGGCUACUGUUAUAACAUCGAUAAUGUAAUAAAAUUUCUAAAUCAAAAAUGUAAUAACCUAUUACAUUAGGCACAAAAACAUAUUACAUUAUUGGCUGGUUGUUACAUUUUUGGUUGGCGUGGCGGCCAUGGUUGCAAUACCUACCACCAAAGUAUUAAAAAUGAUUAGGCAGUUAUUACGUUAUUGGGUGUUGUCACGUUUGAAACAGGAUUAAAAUAGCAAUAAUAAAUAAAUGCACAUAUCCAUUAAUAGUCAUUUCUGACCCUUUAUACUGGUGAAAUGCGUAAGACGUAGUUUAUUAACAGUAAAGGGAAAUUCUUCCUUUCAAACAUUUGAUUUAAAAUUACCAAUGAUAUAAAUACUGUAUAUUUCAGCAUCCAAAAUAAUUCAGAUUUAAUGUGCUUUAUAGAGAAUAUCGCACGUGAGAGCUCUAUGCCUGUUUCACUUCAGGACUAGGAGGGAUAUAUAAGGUAAUAAAUAAUCUAAUGUUUGGACUCGAAAAACGUGCCUAACCUAUUAACAUUUUUGUGAUCCAUUCAUUGUUAUGGGUUUCGGUAAAUAAACCCCAAUAGGUUUUCGGCCGCGACUCGCUGGUAGAGGACACCGGUGAUGAUACAUUUCUAAUAGCAUCUAACUAAAUAAUGUGCAGUUGUAGAAGUGGUAUCGUAUUAUGGUGCAGCAGACUGGAAGGAGUUAAUAUUUGAUAUUGCCGACACGCUUAGCUGAUGUGCGCGUUGACAUCAUCCUUGUACUCCGGCUUCUCUUCCAAUCCCCGCUUUGUGGAUCACUUCAGCUUCAGGACCAUUUCUUACAUCCACACAACGUAAGCAGUAGAAGAGGGACAGUGUACCUGACCGCAUCAUCACAGAAAAACACCAGACAGGAGAGGACAAGAAAUCCACCCGACACUUAGGCGAUCGAGCAGACGGCAGGCAUUUAUAAAAAAAAAAAAAAAAAAAAAAAAACGUAGCAAAAGGAGCGUUUGUUGACAGGUAUGGAGAGCCUGUUGGAUAAUCCUAUGAAAGCCGUCCUCUAUCUGAAAGAACUAACCACCAUCGUGCAAAACCAACAGAGUUUGAUUCAGACUCAGCGGCAGAGGAUAGACGAGCUUGAGAGGAAGGUAGAAGAGCUGAUCGGUGAGAACCGACAGCUGAAGGACCCGCACCAGCAGCAUCACUACCAUCACCACCACCACCACCACCCUUCCGCGCGCAGUCCCAGCCCGCAGCCGCCAGUCCUCGUCCAUCAGCACCCGGUGAAUAAAGCGGCGACCCUUCCGGGGCACGGCCAGCCUGCACAGAAAGUCCAGUCCCUGCCGUCACUGCCGUCGCAUCCGCAUCCCGCGCCGCCUCACCAGCAGCAGCUGCAACUUGUGCCCACGUCCCCUCCAUCUCCGCAGCCGGGCCAGCCGAGCCCCGAGUCUGGAGAGGAAGACAAGAAAAGCCCGUGCUGCAAGUCUCUGGUCCCCCAGACACCCACCACACUUUGCAGGUCGGUGGGAAUCGCAAGGAAAGCCGAGAACCAGACAGUCCUCCACCAAUUCUGCUGCCCAGCUCCCGAUGCUCCGGAGGCAGAGGUCUCCAGCGUCCCCACAAGCGACUCCCACCCGCCGAGCUCUGCCCCGGGGGAGGCAGGGCAGCACGAGGGCAAGGGGGAGGCGCAGGAUGGCACGGGUACCACGCCCGGCGGAGCGGAGGAGGAGGAGGGCACGGGGGCCCGGGGGGGCGCGGGGCAGAAAGCCAGCCUGCACCACACCGCCUCUCCCAUGAGAGUGCAGCGGAGCAAAGGGGCCGGCGCCUGCUCACACUCCUCCGCUUCUGACUACGAGCUCUCGCUCGACCUCAAAAACAAGCAGAUCGAAAUGUUAGAGCACAAAUACGGAGGCCACCUGAUCUCACGCCGGGCUGCCUGCAAAAUCCAGACCGCCUUCCGCCAGUACCAGCUCAGCAAGAACUUCGAGAAGAUCCGCAACUCUUUGCUGGAGAGCCGCCUUCCUCGGCGCAUCUCCAUGCACAAGGUACGCGUGCAGAACGCCGAAGGCUUCUCUGCCGAGAAGGCCCUGGUGGAGGGCUAUAACUUUGUGGGCAUCCCCCUGGUGCGCUCCCCCUCGCUGCCCACCACCGUCAGCGGCACCCUGACCGACCUGGAGGACUCCUUCACUGAGCAGGUGCAGUCCCUGGCCAAGUCCAUAGAUGAGGCCCUCAGCAACUGGAGCUUGAAGACCAUGUGCUCUCUGCAGGAUGGAGGCACCUAUAAGUUCAAAGAAACCUUCAGUACAGGUGCCCCAGGGCUUGGCAGCGGGGAACUAGGUCUAGGGGCUGAACAUUGUGCCCUGCAGGAGAGCAUCCUAGGGGAGAACCCAGAGAACCUGCCCCGCAGCGCAAGUAAGCUCAUGAUGGCCUUUCGUGAUGUGACAGUGCAGAUCGACAACCAGAACUUCCACAUGUCCUCCUCUGUUAUGGAGUCCACCUCUGUAUCCCUCGCUAACUGUCUCCAGCAGGGAGGCACUGUGAACCCCAAAGAAGCCCUGGAAGGAGAACAGGAGACCCCUGAGGAAGGGGGGCUCCCAGGCUCCGACGUGGUUGAUAAUGAGUUCCCUGACCCUCCUCCGAUUGGCGAAGUGGUGUGUGAGGAAGAGCAGCUGGACGUGAAGGAACUCGAAACUACAAACGUGGAGGCAGAGGUUGUGGUGGAGGCUGAGGGGGAGGUCACAGAAGAGAUGGAGAGGGAGCCCGGGGCGGAGACUCUGGAGGCCCAGCGCACGGAGUCUGAGACGGCCGACAACAGCUCCGAGCAGAUGAGCAGCAGCAGCACCUCCACCUCGGCUAAGUCGGCCUCCGAGGUCUCCUCCAAGGAGGCCCUACAGGCCAUGAUCCUCAGCCUUCCCCGUUACCACUGCGAGAACCCCGCCAGUUGCAAGUCCCCCACCCUCUCCACCGAUGUCAUGCGCAAACGCCUCUACAGGAUCGGCCUCAACCUCUUCAACGUGAAUCCCGACAAAGGAAUCCAGUUCCUCAUCUCCAGAGGCUUCAUCCCCGACACGCCCAUAGGUGUGGCCCACUUCCUGCUGCAGCGGAAGGGCCUUAGCAGGCAGAUGAUUGGUGAAUUCCUGGGCAACAGCAAGAAACAGUUCAACAGAGACGUCCUGGACUGCGUGGUGGAUGAGAUGGACUUCUCUGGGAUGGAGCUGGAUGAGGCCCUGAGGAAGUUCCAGGCUCACAUCCGGGUGCAAGGGGAAGCGCAGAAAGUGGAGCGACUCAUCGAGGCCUUCAGCCAGCGCUACUGUAUGUGCAACCCAGACGUGGUGCAACAGUUCCACAACCCGGACACCAUCUUCAUCCUGGCCUUCGCCAUCAUUCUUCUCAACACCGACAUGUACAGCCCCAACAUCAAGCCCGACCGCAAGAUGAUGCUGGAGGACUUCAUCCGCAACCUGAGGGGAGUUGACGAUGGUGCGGACAUCCCCCGUGACAUGGUGGUGGGCAUCUAUGAGCGCAUUCAGCAGAGGGAACUGCGAUCCAAUGAGGACCACGUCACCUAUGUCACCAAGGUGGAGCAGUCCAUCGUGGGAAUGAAGACCGUGCUCUCUGUCCCGCACAGAAGACUUGUGUGCUGCAGUCGGCUCUUCGAGGUCUCCGACGUCAACAAGGCACAGAAGCAGGCAGCCCACCAAAGGGAAGUGUUCCUAUUCAACGACCUCAUUGUGAUCCUGAAGCUGUGUCCCAAGAAGAAGACCUCUGCGACCUACACCUUCUGCAAAGCCAUGGGGCUUCUGGGGAUGCAGUUCCACCUCUUUGAGAAUGAAUAUUACCCCCAUGGGAUCACCAUCGUGUCACCUUACUCCGGCUCAGAGAAGAAACAAGUGCUGAACUUCUGCGCCCAGAGUGCCGAGGAGCUGCUGAAGUUCGUGGAGGACCUGAAGGAGUCCAUCGCCGAGGUGUCGGAGAUGGAGCAGAUACGCAUAGAGUGGGAGCUGGAGAAGCAGCAAGGGGCCAAGACGCACCCAGUGAAGACCAAUGGCACUCAGCAGGAGAUGGGCGGGAAGCAGGGCUCUCCCACAGACAAACAGGAGCUUGACGCAAAGGCUGGGAACAACACCUCUGAGGUGUCAAUUCACAACAGGCUUCAAACGUACCAGCUCAGUGCGUCCCGGAGCCCAGAGAGUGGAUCCCGCCUGGGCGCCCGUCUUAACCACCAGGGGGAGCUAUGCUACCCGCAGCUCCAGCCGGGUGUGGCGACGUCGGCCCACUGGCCCGCCGUCGCCGACCUGAACCCGGAGACACUCAUCCAGUGCCAGCAGAUCGUCAAGGUGAUCGUCCUGGACAAGGGCGGCCGGGGCCGCAUGGAGGCCUUCCUCAGCCAGACCCCGACGCACCAGCUUAUCCAGUCUGCCGUCUCCACCCCCGUGAGGUCGCCAGAGGGUGGCAAUCAGGGGACGCCCUCCAAGAACGUCUCCCAGCCUCCCCUGCCUCCACCACCGCCACCCUACAACCAUCCCCAUCAGUUCUGCCCCCCUGACCUUGUGCUUGGCAGACGGAGGCACUCAAGUGGCACGCGCAGUCUCGUGUAAAUAUACCUCCAUGAAAUAUACCAUUAUCUUUUAUAGACAAGGCACAUAUAUUAUAUAAAAUAUAUAUGUAAAUAUGCAAAGCAAAAAAAAAAACUGCUAUAUUUAAGAUAAUUAAAAAUUAGUACAGAAAAUGUGAAACCACUUUCACUUCUUUUCACUAUAGUUCUCCUUACAUGUACUCAAAAGUGAAGUAGUUUUAAUAAAUUUGUAUUUAAAGAUCGCCAAUUUACUCUAUAACUUAGGAUAUUUUGCUUCCCCACUACUCUGUCUUUCCCAAAUGGAUUCAAAUACUUCAGCGUUCAGUUAUCCAGAAAAACUGCUCUUGGAAAUAAACAAAGGAACCAUUCAUUUUGCAGUCUUCAGCUAGUUCCCUAUUUUGGACACGGUUCUCAAGACUCUAUACCAUUUUCGUCUACUUCUCCUAAGAGUUUAAUUGUGAUGCGUGUUCAUGUGACGGAUGGGAAAGGUGUGACCAGGCUAACUCUAUUGUGAACAUUGCAGGGCUAGAAAGCUAUUUUACUUUCUGUGACAUGUAAUAAGCUUAAAGGUUUUGUCUAAGGUCCCCUACGGCUAUAAUGAUGAGUAAGAGAAAAAUGCAACCAGCACCUGAAUUUUUAAAUGGUAAUUUAAGAAGGACUUUGUCUAUGUGUUUGUCCCUAUAAUGUCAUGUAAUGUGGUUUUCUCUGUUUAGUUUUCACAUCAUAGUCUACGUGUCAUUUUUAGGUCUUUGCGAAGAUGACAAAAUAUUAGAAGUAAAUGAAAACUCACAGCCAAAUUAAAGCCUGUCAAUACAAAGAAGCACUAUUAAAAAUGUCCAUCGCUCUAUAGCUCAGGAAUUAUAGGUGUACUUGAUACAGGAGAUAAUAUCCUCGCCAUGUUAUAAGUGUCUGGACGCAUUUGUGAGGUCAUGCUCGUCUUACAGACACUAACCUUAUAGGUGAUUAAAGCCCUAUACAGUUAUUUAUUUCUUUACAUUCCAUACGUUCUGUAUUUCAGUCACUAAAUGUCCCCAAUCAUGGUGUGUCCUGUUACUUCUGUUAUUUAACUGGUGAAAAACUGAUUUUUUUUAUGUUGUCACCAAACUUUUUUUUGACAAAUAAUUCAGAAAAGCUGAUAGUUGGAGAAAGCACCAAACUAAAAAUCUCUCUUUGGGUUUGGGUGGUAUUCAGUGGUUUAAAUGUGUAUAUCUCUUUGUGUUUGUGUUACAGUUCUAAUUUGUAUUUCUGAGUGUGUUACCUGUAAAGAGGAUAUUUAAAGCUGUGUUGUGUGUGGUACAUGUUAAUAAUUAUUAUUUUUGUGGGAAAGAGAAGGACAGUUCAUGGGGUGAUGUUACUGAAACAUGUUUAGUUCAUCUUGAUGUAGGAUAAAUCCCACAGUGUUUGUGUGUGUUUGGUUGGACAGCCUUCUUAUUUGUUUACUCAGCCACCAUGUCCAAAUGCACCCAGAAGACUCGCAGACCAAAUUUCAAAUCAUUCCCUAAACACACAUUUUGUUUGCCCUUCAUGUUUUUCUUUUAAAACACACCGUAUUUGAUUUAGGAUUUGGCAUAUCCUCAUCAUAAUCAAUUGCCAUGACGUACAGGUUUAGAAAAAUUAAUCAUGUACAAUAUUGCUGAGGUGUAAUAGGCAUAACAGAAAAAUAUCAUCAUGUAUCUCUUCUCCAAGGAAUUGUCUUAAUAACGCAGUCGCGAAUCCAUGCUCUUUGAUUAGUGUCAUUACAUCUAUCGAUGCAUCAUUGAAUAAGUCGCAUAGCACCACGUUUUUCAGAGAUGUGCCUCGGACUUUUUCUCAGGGGACUGUAGGACACCAGUCAUUGGUCAUUUUCUCAUGUCAUUGCUGCAGUAUCCAUUUAUGGGCUGUAUGAAACUCUCCCUCCACAUGGUUCUGCAUCCUUAUCUGUUUAUAUUAGACAUUAUGGUGGUACAUGCAUAAGCAUUAAAACUUUUCUCAGUAUUCAUCAGUACUAUCUUGACCAUUUCCUAAAUCCAUCCAGUAUUGUCGGUAUGUUUUCCAGUCCACUGUUGCAAUAGUUUGUUAUGAUAUUAGAUGCUCUCUGAAUUGGCCUAAUUGUGCCUCUAACUUCUCAGCCUUUCCAUUAUUGUAAAUGUGACUCCUUGUUGCAUCCCUUGUGUUUUCCUCGCCAAUUACUCCCUGUUGUGAAGUAUGAAACGAUGCCUUGGCUCAGCACUCCUUCAGCCGAGUCCCUUGUAAUGCAGAAGUACUGAAUUAGUCAGUCCAUUUCUUGUUGUAGUUCAUGAUGACGGAGUGGCAAUACCCCAUCUGCUUUUUAUCACGCAAAACAUUUCCAUCUCAUCCCAGAUAUUUUCAGAUCAUUAUCAUUGGGUGUCUGGAUCUAUAUAACUUAACUUAAGUGGAAGAGACCUAUAGGAUUUUCCUUAUUGAAGUUUUUCCCCUGCAUGAGUGAAAACCUCUGUCAUCAUGACACAUUGAGAAGAAGCAUAAUUUUAAAUUUAUGACAUAAAAGGGUAAUAAUGAUAAGAUUACAAUUUUUGUUGAAUUCAUUUUGUUGGAAUAAUUUAUGAGUGCAAAAUGAUGAUAAGGAUGUAAUUAUUCAACCAGCACCGCAAUGAAAGGACACAAGUGUCUCCAGAAUGACUUUAAAUGCACAUAAUGUACUUGAGUGAAAAGUGAAGUAUGUAUCUAAAACAUUGAAAGUCACAGCAAUAUUCUCCUUGGAAUACCUGAACUGAAUUAAAAAGCAGGACUAAUUUAAUACUUUAUUAUUUAUACAUUUCUUUAUUUUGAAUUUGAUUUGGGGCCUCUGUUAACUUAUGCUAUGUAUGUUAUUUAGUAAUUAAUAUAGUAUUAGUUUCAUAGUCAUUUGUUUAAGGAAUACGUCAUCGUGUUGCUGUCUUUUGAGACUUUUAUGAAGCAAACUGUGAAUGACGAGUGUCCGUCUCGUUCGGAGUACACGUGUGUCUUUCCCUUUCCUGUGUCCACGUGCACCCAGCCACAGAGCCGCACUCAGGCAUUCGGACCGGACUGUUCGUCCGACUGCUGUUGUUUUCCUGCGUAUGGAAGCUCGCGUGGCUCAAAAGUGCUUGCAGUGGGGGCCACGGUUACAGUAACGAAAAUAUGAGCAAAAACAGCAAAGGUAUAGCCAGAGUUUUAAAUGAUGCUUAUAUAUGCCAUACACUGUGAUUAACAAACUUUGUAAUAGAUAUUUUAAAGAACAAGUGUACAUAAUAGUAUUGGAAUCAGUACUUCAACACAUUGCUAAAAGACUUAUAAAACUAUAAACAGUGAAAUAUAGUAUUUAAAGACUGCUUUUAUGUAUGUUGAUAUUGUAUUGAGAUUUGCAUUAGGUCAGUUGCUUGUCCAUUUGGAAAACAUAAAUUUGCCCUUGCAAUGCAACGCAGUGCUUGAAUGUAAAUUUUAGACUCCAGUGCAUUGAUUUAAUCAUGUUUAGGCAUAUAUUUAAAAAUUAAAAUUAAUAAAAUCGUGCAUUUUCACAGAGCUCGCACAAACCCUUCCUUCGCAUACAUAUGCAGUGAGAACACAUUCUUGGAUGUUUUCAAAAAAAAAAGUAAACAUUAAUGGACAAUAUUAGAUUGUCACACGGUCUCUGUUUUUUUUUUUUUUUUAAUUGUUAUGCUGCAGUCAGUAUUUUACAGCAUUUGCACUCACUGUUCUGAAGGCAGGAGGAGGAUGGACGCUAUUAUGAGAGCUUGUUGUGCAAGAUGAACAUUGUGGGGUUUCUGAGCCGCGGGACAGCAGCGCACAGAAACUCACAAGUCCACUGAAAGCCACAUCGCAUGAAAAUGUCACCACAUACGAGUACCGGCGUCACUGGAAUCCUGAGAGCGCAUUCUUUUCUGACCUUUGAACUGCAGAUCCCCAUAAAGGUCACACCCCAUCUAUCGCUGGAUGUUUGCCAUGGCAACGCUUCCGCUUCUUGCCCUCCCUCUGUGACGGAUCUGUCUUCUCCCCCUCUCCCUCUGGAAUUCAGUGUUAUGAACCCCAUCCACAUCGCCAUCUAGGACAACACACGUGUGUGUCUGUGUAUGCGUGCUCAGGAGAAUGCGACAGGAGGAACCUGACUGAGGAACGAAUGUUGGAGGAUGAUUGCACGUUGCCGGGUAGGACCACAGCAGUCAGAUGGAAGGGAAAAAGUAAGCAAAUCCAUUAUAAUAAACACAUAUGGCUUGCCGAUUGUUUCUGGGUUCCUUCUUAAUGCACUGCUUCAUUCCGUGCCCGUUUAUGUUCUGCUUUGCUUUGAAACUGUUAGCAAGAAAAACUUCCUCUAUAUGAAAGGAAAAAAGAAAGAAAAUUGGUGGGGUAUGUCUUAUGAAUAAAAAUAAAAGAGCUUUACAAUAGAAUUUGCCCAGUCAAGCAUUUUUAUUUCACCGUAUAUGGGCACAGGGGAUUGGAAUGAUGAGUGCACCAAAAUGUAAGAAAAAAUAAACAAACUUGCACUUUUA